CUGCCUGUAAAAACAACAAGCAGGCAGCCCUCUCUCCUUCGUUCCCCUUUUCACGGGUUCUCCGCUCAGUAUUAUCUGUUUUUUCUCUGUAGGCUCUUGUCGGUCGGCGAGCGGGCGCCGGGGGAAGACGCGAUGGACCAGUGCGUGACGGUGGAGCGCGAGCUGGAGAAGGUGUUGCAGAAGUUUUCGGGCUACGGGCAGCUGUGCGAGCGGAGCCUAGAAGAGCUGAUCCAGUACGUGGCGGGACUGCGCCACGAGAUCCUCCAGAGCGAAAAUCAAGUUGGAGAUCUGUCGGGGACAAUAUCACUUGUUAUGACCCAGUGUUGUAAACGAAUAAAAGAUACCGUUCAGAAAUUGGCUUCGGAUCAUAAGGACAUCCACAGUAGUGUUUCCCGUGUUGGGAAAGCUAUUGACAAGAAUUUUGACUCUGACAUCAGCAGUGUGGGAAUAGACGGGUGCUGGCAAGCAGAUAGCCAGCGAACUCUGAAUGAGGUGAUGGUCGAACACUUUUUCCGGCAAGGAAUGUUAGAUGUAGCUGAGGAGCUUUGUCAGGAGUCUGGACUUUCAAUAGACCAAAGUCAAAAGCAACCAUUUGUGGAGCUCAACCGAAUACUGGAAGCACUUAAAGUUAGAGUUUUGAGACCUGCAUUAGAGUGGGCUGUAUCAAACAGAGAAAUGCUAAUGGCACAGAAUAGCUCCUUAGAAUUUAAGCUACACAGAUUAUAUUUUAUCAGUUUAUUGAUGGGUGGAACUGCAAACCAGAGAGAAGCAUUGCAGUAUGCUAAAAACUUUCAACCUUUUGCUCUUAAUCACCAGAAGGAUAUUCAAGUUUUAAUGGGAAGCCUAGUAUACCUAAGGCAGGGAAUUGAAAAUUCUCCGUAUGUCCAUUUAUUGGAUGCAAACCAGUGGGCAGACAUCUGUGACAUCUUUACAAGGGAUGCUUGUGCUCUGCUGGGACUCUCAGUUGAAUCACCUCUUAGUGUUAGCUUUUCAGCCGGUUGUGUUGCAUUGCCAGCUCUAAUAAAUAUAAAAGCUGUGAUUGAACAGAGACAAUGCACUGGCGUUUGGAAUCAGAAAGAUGAGUUACCGAUUGAAGUGGACCUUGGCAAGAAAUGUUGGUAUCAUUCAAUAUUUGCCUGCCCUAUCCUUCGUCAACAAACAACAGAUAACAACCCUCCUAUGAAGUUGGUUUGCGGUCAUAUUAUAUCAAGAGAUGCCCUAAAUAAAAUGUUUAAUGGCAGCAAAUUAAAAUGUCCUUAUUGUCCCAUGGAACAGAGUCCUGGAGAUGCCAAGCAGAUAUUCUUCUGAGGACACACUCACUAUGUAACAUACUCAUGGGUUUUGGAAGAUGGAAGCAGGCAAAUAUUCCAUGUUAUGCUGUACAGAUUGAGGCGGACUCCUGUGUUUUGUAUCAGCCUAAUGCGCCAGAAUUUUUUUGCCAACAUUUAGUGCAGACAUACAGAUUGGAAAAGUUGCAGAAGUAAUAUCCGUUAUAGGGCUUUUACUCUAACCUUGGUCUCCAUAUCUGAUCAAGAUACUACACCAGCAGUUGUCAUUCAGUGCAGGUUUUUAUACUUAAUUGUGUGAUGACUUCACUUUUUAAAGCAGGCUCCAACUGGUCAUAAUACAAGUUUAAUAUUUGCCCUGCUUUUACCACCCUGAUUGAUAAACGUCAUCAUAAAGAAUGUGUGGGGAAAGUUUUUAUUUCAGUAGUGUGUAAAUAAUUAAGAGAACUUCAGAAAAAAUUGAUAAACUGAACAGUGGUUAUAGACCUGUAUAAUGGUGGUUAUAACUGGUAUUUCUGUUAAUACUGUUUUCCCGCCACCUAAAGAUGUGAUAUUCUGAGGUUGUUGUUGGGUUUUUUUUGUUAAACAUUUUUUCCAGCUUUUAAACAGAGUUCCAACUGAAUAUGCUUACAUAUAAGAUACAUAAAUAUAUACCCGAGUUCAAAAUCAUUUGUAAUUUAGAAAGACUGCAAUUGAAUCUGGACUCCUGGAAUUGGGAAUCUAGUUCAGUUGAUUUCAUGAUUGAGAGCUCUUUAUGUAGCUUAAAGUAUUCAAUAAAGUGGAGCUCUAAAUUGAAAAGAAGCUUCUGUCAAUAAAUACUUGCUCUCCAGUUUUUUUUAGUCAUAAUCUAGGCUUUUUAUUCAAGAUCAAUGUCAUGUUGCUGUACAGUUUACUAGUUAUGAUAAUUGAGUUAUUUAAAAAUUUAUCAAAACUGAAUAAACCAUUGAUAAUGUCCA